AUGGAUGCUCAAGAUCGGCAAAUAGAGCAUUAUUUGAAUAGUUUAUCCGAUUCUGAUGAUGACAAUGAUACUUCGACUCAGCGAGAAGACGCGGGCUUAAGCGACAUCGAGGAUCACGUCGAUAUUGAAGAAGAGAUCCCGACAGAUUCAGACAGCAAUGAAAUUCAAGAUGAUGAACAACUGAUCGGUUUACGACAGCAGCGGCGAAGCGGUGUCAUCUUAUCUUCUGAUUCGGAAGCUGAAGAAAGCCCAGGUGUCAGUUUUAAUUUGGAGCAAACCGAGCCAGCUGACUUUGAUUCUGACGAUAGCGCACGUGAUAAGACAUUCAAUCCAAGGGUAGAAGAAAUUUCUGAAGAGAGCCUAAGCUCUUCUGAAAAUAUUGGGAUGUAUCAAGAAAAUGCUAGUAAUGAUGUAUUAAAUACAAGAAGGAAACGGAAAGGACAAAACUUGCACAAAACAAUUCAGAUUAAAAGAAACAAAGGCCAAUCUUAUGAAACAAAAUCAGGAAAAAAAAUUCCGUCUAGAAAAGUUACCGCCUUGUCAGAUUGCUGUAAAGUGUCGUAA